CUGGAUCAAAAUCCAAGCGCGCUUGAGAGUUGGGUUGAAGAAUUCUGGGCGAAAAGAAAACGCGCCUAGUCGUACCUGUAUGAAACGAAUGUCUUCCCUGACUCAGUCGUUUAUUUUCCCGGCCUUCAUUUAGAUCUUGCCCUGCAAUCCCAACUUCUCACUCCUCUUGGUGCACUGUUCUGUUUCCUCAGAUCAGAUUCUGAAUUCGAUCCUUCCAGCUUCGCAAUGGCAAAACCCAAGCACUCUCGCCUACCUCCACGCAAAUCCUCUUCUUCCACGCUCAUCCUCUCCUUCACUUUUUUGUUCGCCUUCCUACUCAUCCUUCUUGUCUCCCUUGGGAUCCUCUCCCUUCCCAGCAGCUCCCGUCGUGAUGCACACGUGGCCAACGAUCUUAACUCCAUUGUUCGGAGCACGCUUGAUAACGAGGCCGAAGAGAGUAGUGAGCAAUGGGUUGAACUAGUAUCAUGGGAGCCUAGAGCUUUUGUUUAUCAUAAUUUUCUGACAAAGGAGGAGUGUGAAUACCUAAUUAAUCUGGCCAAGCCUCAUAUGCAGAAGUCAACAGUUGUUGAUAGUGAAACUGGAAAGAGUAAAGAUAGCAGAGUACGUACAAGUUCUGGAACUUUUCUACCCAGAGGACGUGAUAAGAUUGUGAGGAACAUUGAGAAAAGGAUUGCUGAUUUUACUUUUAUACCUGUAGAGCAUGGUGAAGGAUUUCAAGUUCUCCACUAUGAAGUUGGACAAAAAUAUGAGCCUCACUAUGACUACUUUCUUGACGAGUUUAACACUAAGAAUGGUGGUCAGCGUAUAGCUACAGUACUCAUGUAUCUCACAGAUGUUGAAGAAGGGGGCGAGACAGUGUUCCCAGCUGCCAAGAGCAACUUUAGCUCUGUGCCAUGGUGGAAUGAUCUUUCUGAAUGUGGAAAAAAAGGACUUUCAAUUAAGCCAAAGAUGGGUGACGCUCUACUUUUCUGGAGCAUGAAGCCUGAUGCAACUUUAGAUCCCUCUAGUUUGCAUGGUGGUUGUCCAGUGAUUAAGGGAAAUAAAUGGUCAUGUACCAAGUGGAUGCGCGUCAAUGAAUACAAAAUUUGAAUGCACAUUCCUAUAGGAUGUGAUGCAUGUGCCGAUUGAAUCACCAGAAAGUUGGGCUAGAAGCCUAUGAAGUUAUGCCCCGAGUCUUGCAGGAAACAUUGAUGGGUUGAUGCGGUAUUCUUUAAUUUCUCGAAGUUUGCCUUUCCUUGUCUCAUUUUCCCCCUAGCCCUAGCCCUUUUGCUUGUAUGAGUAAUAACUAAUAAACAUAAUAAAAGCGACAACUUUAUGACUUCAA